AUGAACGACGACAGCGAAGCAGUGCAAGCAGUAGGGGAAGAGCACGCAGUGACAGUGGGACUGUGCUCACCAGGCAGGGCAGGCCGGGCAACUCUGCAGAAGGGCGGCUCGGCGACUCAGCGACUCGGCUGCUGGGCGGCUCGGCUCCCGGGCGGCUCGGCGGCAGGGCGGCUCGGAUCCCGGGCGGCUCGGCAGCAGGGCGGCUCGGGUGCAGGGCGGCUCGGCUCCCGGGCGGCUCGGCGGCGGGGCGGCUCGGCUGCACUUGCUGCUCGGCUGCUGCAGGUGGGCGGCUCGGCUGCUGCAGGUAGGGUGGCGGGGCCGCGAGAGAGCCGGGGCGGGGCCACAGCCGGCGGCGGGGCCGCUAGAGAGCCGGGGCGGGGCCGCGUGAGAGCCGGGGCGGGGCCGCGUCAGAGCCGGCGGCGGGGCCGUGUGAGAGCCGGGGUGGGGCCGCGUGAGAGACGGGGCGGGGCCGCGGCAGAGCCGGCGGCGGGGCCGCUAGAGAGCCGGGGCGGGGCCGCAGCCGGGGCGGGGCCGCUUGAGAGCCGGGGCGGGGCCGCGAGAGAGCCGGGGCGGGGCCUGGUGAGAGCCGGGGCGGGGCGGCGUGAGAGAUGGGGCGGGGCCGCGUCAGAGCCGGCGGCGGGGCCGCGUCAGAGCCGGCGGCGGGGCCUCGUCGUGGCGGGCGGCGAGGCCGCGUUGGAGCCGGCGGCGAGGCCGGCUAAGAGCCGGCGGCGGGGCCGCGUCAGAGCCGACGGCGGGGCCGCGUCAGAGCCGGCGGCGGGCCGCGAACCCCCGCCCCAUUCUCCCGCUUUCCAUCACCCCGCCCCAUUCUCCCGCUUUCCAUCACCCCGCCCCAUUCUCCCGCUUUCCAUCACCCUGCCCCAUUCUCCCUCUUUCCAUCACCCCGCCCCAUUCUCCCUCUUUCCAUCACCCCACCCUAUUCUCCCUCUUUCUAUCACCCCGCCCCACUCUCCCGCUUUCCAUCACCCCACCCCUUUCUCCCACGUUCCGUCACCCCGCCCCAUUCUCCCGCUUUCCGUCACCCCGCCCCAUUCUCCCGCUUCCAAUCACCCCGCCCCAUUCUCCCGCUUUCCACCACCCUGCCCCAUUCUCCCGCUUUCCAUCACCCUGCCCCAUUCUCCCGCUUUCCAUCACCCCAGCCCCAUUCUCCCGCUUUCCAUCACCCCGCCCCAUUCUCAAGCUUUCCAUCACCCUGCCCCAUUCCUCGCUUUCCAUCACCCCGCCCCAUUCUCCCGCUUUCCAUCACCCCGCCCCAUUCUCAAGCUUUCCAUCACCCCGCCCCAUUCUCCUGCUUUCCAUCACCCCGCCCCAUUCUCCCGCUUUCCAUCACCCCGCCCCAUUCUCCCGCUUUCCAUCACCCCGGCCCAUUCUCCCGCUUUCCAUCACCCCGCCCCAUUCUCCCGCUUUCCAUCACCCCGCCCCAUUCUCCCGCUUUCCGUCACCCCGCCCCAUUCUCCCGCUUCCAAUCACCCCGCCCCAUUCUCCCGCUUUCCAUCACCCUGCCCCAUUCCUCGCUUUCCAUCACCCCGCCCCAUUCUCCCGCUUUCCAUCACCCCGCCCCAUUCUCAAGCUUUCCUUCACCCCGCCCCAUUCUCCUGCUUUCCAUCACCCCGCCUCAUUCUCCCGCUUUCCAUCACCCCGCCCCAUUCUCCCGCUUUCCAUCACCCCGGCCCAUUCUCCCGCUUUCCAUCACCCUGCCCCAUUCUCCCGCUUUCCAUCGCCCCGCCCCAUUCUCCCGCUUUCCAUCGCCCCGCCCCAUUCUCCCGCUUUCCAUCACCCCGCCCCAUUCUCAAGCUUUCCAUCACCCCGCCCCAUUCUCCCUCUUUCCAUCACCCCGCCCCAUUCUCCCUCUUUUCAUCACCCCGCCCCAUUCUCCCGCUUUCCAUCACCCCGCCCCAUUCUCCUGCUUUCCAUCACCCCGCCCUAUUCUUCCGCUUUCCAUCACCCCGCCCCAUUCUCCCGCUUUCCAUCACCCCGUCCCAUUCUCCCUCUUUUCAUCACCCCGCCCCAUUCUCCCUCUUUCCACCACCCCGCCCCAUUCUCCCGCUUUCCAUCACCCUGCCCCAUUCCUCGCUUUCCAUCACCCCGCCCCAUUCUCCCGCUUUCCAUCACCCCGCCCCAUUCUCAAGCUUUCCAUCACCCCGCCCCAUUCUCCUGCUUUCCAUCACCCCGCCCCAUUCUCCCGCUUUCCAUCACCCCGCCCCAUUCUCCCGCUUUCCAUCACCCCGGCCCAUUCUCCCGCUUUCCAUCACCCCGCCCCAUUCUCCCGCUUUCCAUCACCCCGCCCCAUUCUCCCGCUUUCCGUCACCCCGCCCCAUUCUCCCGCUUCCAAUCACCCCGCCCCAUUCUCCCACUUUCCAUCACCCUGCCCCAUUCCUCGCUUUCCAUCACCCCGCCCCAUUCUCCCGCUUUCCAUCACCCCGCCCCAUUCUCAAGCUUUCCAUCACCCCGCCCCAUUCUCAAGCUUUCCAUCACCCCGCCCCAUUCUCCUGCUUUCCAUCACCCCGCCCCAUUCUCCCGCUUUCCAUCACCCCGCCCCAUUCUCCCGCUUUCCAUCACCCCGGCCCAUUCUCCCGCUUUCCAUCACCCCUGCCCCAUUCUCCCGCUUUCCAUCACCCCGCCCCAUUCUCCCGCUUUCCAUCACCCCGCCCCAUUCUCAAGCUUUCCAUCACCCCGCCCCAUUCUCCCGCUUUCCAUCACCCCGCCCCAUUCUCCUGCUUUCCAUCACCCCGCCCUAUUCUUCCGCUUUCCAUCACCCCGCCCCAUUCUCCCGCUUUCCAUCACCCCGUCCCAUUCUCCCUCUUUUCAUCACCCCGCCUCAUUCUCCCUCUUUCCACCACCCCGCCCCAUUCUCCCGCUUUCCAUCACCCCGGCCCAUUCUCCCUAUUUCCAUCACCCCGCUCCAUUCUCCCACUUUCCAUCACCACGCCCCAUUCUCCCGCUUUCCAUCACCCCGCCCCAUUCUCCCGCCCUCCAUCACCCCGCCCCAUUCUCUCUCUUUCCAUCACCCCGCCCCAGUCUCCCUCUUUCCAUCACCCCGCCCCAUUCUCCCUCUUUCCAUCACCCCGCCCCAUUCUCCCUCUUUCCAUCACCCCGCCCCAUCCUCCCGCUUUCCAUCACCCCGCCCCAUUCUUCCGCUUUCCAUCACCCCGCCCCAUUCUCCAGCUUCCAUCACCCCGCCCCAUUCUCCCGCUUUCCAUCACCCCGCCCCAUUCUCCAGCUUUCCAUCACCCCGCCCCAUUCUCCCGCUUUCCAUCACCCCGCCCCAUUCUCCCGCUUUCCAUCACCCCGCCCCAUUCUCCCGCUUUCCAUCACCCCGCCCCAUUCUCCCGCUUUCCAUCACCCCGCCCCAUUCUCCCGCUUUCCAUCACCCCGCCCCAUUCUCCCGCUUUCCAUCACCCCGCCCCAUUCUUCCGCUUUCCAUCACCCCGCCCCAUUCACCCCGCCCCAUUCUCCCUCUUUCCAUCAACCCGCCCCAUUCUCCCGCUUUUCAUCACCCUGCCCCAUUCUCCCUCUUUCCAUCACCCCGCCCCAUUCUCCCUCUUUCCAUCAGCCCGCCCCAUUCUCCCGCUUUUCUUCACCCCUGUUAGAGACUAA